AUGCAUCUCGAGGAUUACCACGCGGACAGGAACGAGGAGGACGUCCAACGGGCGGUCUCGAGGAGUAUCAAGCAAGAGAACUUCAACCCCGUACACCUUGCAUCCAUCCCGACGAUGACGAUCAACCCCCAGCAUGCCUGUUGGGCAACGUCUCAAGCGGACACCGGUGUGUCCUCGCCGAUUCUACCGAAUAAUUCGAGUCCUCACGAGUACACAGACUGGGAACAACUCACCGCCGCGUUCCAAUACCCGUAUCAACAGAAUCUCUUGACGGACAGAUCGCCAUCGGGUAGCACAGGCAGCGAGGCGACCACACCGACCUGGAACAACGUUGUCCACAGCGACUCGACGGACUGUUCAAACGGACAAAGACUGCCCUCGGUGGGCUCGGCUUUCUCCUUCUCCCGGAGCUUCUGCAACACCGUUUACCCGGAUUAUCAGGGUUAUCCGGAAUACCAGGAAUAUCAAGACGACGUCACAGUAUCCUUACCGUUGAUUCUGCACUCGCACACGGACGGCUUCACCGGGCCGAUGCAGACGGCCACCGACGAGUUCGAUCUCAGCUUGAUCAGAGGCGAUCCCACGUCGUUGAUGAACAACGUUCUGUCACCAUCCUCGCCGUCGUCCACUUACCUCGACGAACUACCGGACCCGUUCUCCAAUCUGAACGGUUCGUGCUACGCGGUUGGCCACUUGGUCUCCGGGCAACAGACCACCACCCCGACGAUGACGUUCGCCAAUGACACCGGCCCAGCUGACGGUUUCGGCAACCAGGUCGUUCUUCCGAGGAACGAAGGUCUGCUGCUAGCCGACCGACGGGUGCCCGUGUCCAAGGCUGAAACUGAGAAACGGGGCAAGUCUUAUGACUGCUCAACCGCCGAGGACAAUCUGACGUCCACGUAUCAGUGUCGGUGGAUAGACUGUGGCUGCGCGUUCGCUGAACAAGAAGGUCUAGUACGACACAUAGAGAGACGACACGUCGAGUCCUCGUCGUCCAACCCGCAUGGACACAGCAGACGGGUACAGAGAGACAGGGACAAGGACAAGGACAAGGAAAAAGACGCGGAUGGUUACACCGGAACCGGCCAGGACGAGUUCGCUUGCCUUUGGCAGGGCUGUCCGCGCGCGCGACCAUUUAAUGCCAGAUACAAACUACUGAUACACAUGAGGGUUCACAGCGGGGAGAAACCGAAUAAGUGUCCGUUUAGCGGAUGCAAGAAGGCCUUCUCGCGGCUGGAGAACCUGAAGAUCCAUCAAAGAUCUCAUACAGGUGAGAGACCGUACGCGUGUCAGCAUCGCGGCUGUUCGAAGGCGUUCAGCAACAGCAGCGAUCGCGCGAAACACCAAAGAACACAUUACGAUACGAAACCGUACGCCUGUCAAGUGACCGGAUGCGGAAAACGGUACACCGAUCCGUCGAGCCUGAGGAAGCACGUGAAGAACCACUCGGAGCCGAGCACGCCGCUGUCCACCCUAACCACGACGUCCGAGACCAAAAGUUCCGCGAGCAUUACCGUCAACGCGAUCAAUGUGUCGCGACACGAUCUGAUUUCUACGACUUCGAGGCAGCAGCAGCAGCAGCAGGUGCAAACCGCUGUCGUUUUCCCCGCGGAAUCGAAUUAUCGGUCAUAUAAGACUUCAGAGUCUUACGCGGACGAGGACGCCGACUUGUUCCAGACGAAUCUGUGUCAGGUCGAGAGGAUUUCCAUGAGCCUUGACAGCAAUCAAGAGUACGUCCCCAUUGAGUCCGUGAAGCGUUUCCUUAUCGACGAUGUCAGCAACUCACACGUGGCCGGAACAGGCUACUGCGAAGAGGACGUGGCCGAUUUCCAGGAACUUGGCUCGGACAUCGAACAACAGUUUCUCGAGCUAAGCAGCUUGGACGACGCGGUGUUCAUCGACGGUUAA